AUGAUGCAGCUCGACUACAUGCUUGAUCCAGGCUGGCCAUAUCUAAGACAAGCAGAAGACCAGCAGUUACAGGAUCAGACGGCUCGCCGAUUCGAUAACAGAACUCAUAAAUGGGUUCCCGACCCUGUCGAUGGUUUCGUAAUCGCGUCCAUCAAUGUUCAUGAAGGCGACAGCUACACCGUCGGUAUGCCAGAUGGGAGUACGAAGAAACUCGACAAAAGUGAAUGUCAAGAGAUCAAUCCGGCGAAGUUCGAAAAAACUGAGGACAUGUCGAAUCUGACGUUCCUCAAUGAGGCCUCGGUGUUGCAUAAUCUUCGGCAGAGGUACUACUCAAUGAUGAUUUAUACCUAUUCUGGACUGUUUUGCGUCUUUAUCAAUCCGUACAAACUGCUGCCGAUCUACACGGACUCAGUGGUGGCGAUGUACGUGAAUAAACGACGCGCUGAAAUGCCACCACACUUGUUCGCCAUCGCCGAUGAGUCAUUCAGAAAUAUGAUAUCCGGUACACGUGUUAUUGAUUGGUGCGCUAUUUCUGGGACACCCAUUACUCAUCCUCGAACGUUCUGA